UUGCGGAGCCGCCGGGUCCCCGGAGGUGGGGCGGAAGGUUGUUGGCGCUUUGGGACGCGGGAGCCGAGCUGCACUUGCCGGCCAGGUCAGUGUUGCUCCAGGGCCUGAUGAUGCAGCAAGGCCUCCUGUGCUGGCCCCUGUCCUGCCUCCUCAUGCUGCUGCCGGGGCCUCUGGUCACUCCAACAUCAAUAACGCCUUGGUUAUGUCCGCCCGGCGAAGAGCCUGACCCGGACCCAGGGCAGGGCACGCUGUGCAGAUCUUGUCCCCCAGGCACCUUCUCCACUGCAUGGGGCUCUGGCCCAUGCCAACCUCACGACCGCUGCGGCCUUCGAAGGAGGGUAGAGGUGCAGACCGGCACAGCGACUCGAGACACACUGUGUGGCCACUGCCAGCCUGGGUGGUUUGGGCCGCUGGGGAUUCCCCACGUUCCGUGUCAGCCGUGCUCCAGGGCGCCUCUGAAUACUGGCGGCUGUGAGGAGUGGGGGCGGCGAGCCCGGCGCGGUGUGGAGGCGGCGGCAGGGGCCAGCGGCGGCGGGCAGCCGCGGCAGCCUAAAAACGGCACCCGGGCAGGCGGCCCCGAAGAGACGGCUGCGCAGUACGCGGUGAUUGCCAUUGUGCCCGUCUUCUGCCUCAUGGGGCUGCUGGGCAUCCUGGUGUGCAAUUUGCUCAAGCGGAAGGGCUACCACUGCACAGCGCACAAGGAGGUCGGGCCCGGUCUCGCGGGAGGAAGCAGCGGGAUCAACCCUGCCUAUCGGACCGAAGACACCAAUGAGGAUACCAUUGGGGUUCUGGUGCGCCUGAUCACAGAGAAGAAAGAGAAUGCGGCGGCCCUGGAGGAGCUGCUCAAAGAGUACCACAGCAAGCAGCUGGUUCAGACAAGCCACAGGCCCGUGCCCAGGCUGCUGCCGGCCUCCCCCAGCCUGCCACACAUCUGCCCACACCGCCACCACCUGCAUACCGUACAGGGCCUGGCCUCGCUCUCUGGAUCCUGCUGUUCCCGCUGUAGCCAAAGGAAGUGGCCAGAAGUGCUGCUGUCCCCUGAGGCAGCAGCUGCCACCACUCCCGCUCCCAGCCUCUUGCCCAACCCAGCCAGGGCUCCCAAAGCCGGGGCCAAGGCAGGCCGUCAGGGUGAAAUCACCAUCUUGUCUGUGGGCAGAUUCCGUGUGGCUCGCAUUCCUGAGCAGCGGACCAGCUCAGUGGCAUCUGAACUGAAGACGAUUCCUGAGGCUGGGUCUUCGGGGAGUGAGGUCCCCGACUCCCCGCAACCUGGCCUUCCCCCUGAGCAGCGGGCGCUGCUGGGAAGUGCUGGAAACCACACGAAGUGGUUGAAGUCCCCGGCAGAGAACAAGGCCGAGGAGAGCCGCUAUGUGGUCCGGCUAAGUGAGAGCAGCCUGGUCAUCUGAGGGGCUGUCUAGAGUGAGACCCUCUGCCCCGCCGUGGGAGCUUCCGAAAGCUUCCUACAGGAGGGAGAGCUGCAGCUGGCACCGGGACCAAGAUGCAAAGGCCCAGCAGACAAAAUGGCAGAGGCCAAGGCCUGGAGGUGGGACCGUCCGCCCCAUUGAGGAGAUGGGCCGUCGGCGAGCAUCGUGUGCAGGAGCAGAUCGAGGCCAGCCCGUUCCCUACCCCAGUUUCUUCCCUGCAGGAUGUCCUAACCCCUGUGCCUGCCCUGGCCACAUUGUAGGAGCCCACAGGGCCCUCUUUCCCCCUAGGGGUCUGGGUUUGUUAGAGGGGAGUGCUUUUUAGCUGGUGCCUAGCCCAUGCCUUGGGGACUAGCCACUCUUGCCCCGUCCUAGGCCCUGGAACACAUGUCUUCCCCCCAUCAACUUUUGUCAGAUCCUGUAAAGGGAAGGGUGGCCAGGAGCCCUGUGCUAGGGGUGAAGCUCCUGGGUUCUAACCUUGGGCUUAUCCCGGGGUCCUGGCACCCAGGGCCUCUCCAGGUUCUGGGCCAGGUCCUGUGGGGAGAGCUUGGCUCUACCACCCUCCCAUUAGUAGCUUUAUCUGGCCUAUUUUUUUUUUUUUUUUUUGCUGCUUCCAAGGCCUCAGCCUACAAAGUCCCCUUGUGGUUUGCCUACCACGGCACUGCCUACAGAAGAGGUUUAUGCAUGUGCAUACUGCACCCCCUCCCGCCCGCUGUUUUUAAUGACAUUGAAAACUGACUUGAUUUGGGCAUGGGCUGAGGUGCAGAGGCCCAGCCCACCCUCGUGCCCUCCAGAGCUCUGGAUUUGCAGGGAGAGGGGUGCUGGUUGGGGUGGAGAGCACCCCUGGCCUCAGUGGUUUUCUGUUCCUGUGGUUCGCUGCCUCUGCUCCAGCCUUGGGCAGGGCAAGCCACUGCCAGGCCAGCCUCUCUCUGCUCUGGCUUAGCUUCUAGUUAUUUAUGUGGGGCCCGUGCAGGCGCGGACCCACUGCCUGUCCCAUUUCUUAUUUAUUAAACCUGCUGUCGCCCUGUGUUUGCAUCUCCAGCCCCACACACUUGAGUAAUAAAAGUAGAAAGUGGU